AUGGAAUUGUAUGUACAAAUAUUAAUUCUAUGUUUACUGUGCGUCGCGCGCGCAUUCGAAGUGGCACCGGAAAAAAUCGCCGAAUUCGGAGCAGGACCUUUGACGUACAGCGAAAAUCUAUCGAAAAUUCCUAUACAAGAAACCGAUGGAAUUGACAAACAAUCUACGGAAAAUCCUCGCGAUAAGAGAGGUCUCGGUGUUCUGCUAUCAGGUUUGGCCCAGAUUUUUGGAUACACGGUGACUCCAAUUCAAUUCGCCUCACUGCCAAAUCCGAAUGUCACAAAACCCGUUGCAAUGUCCAAUAUGACCAAGAUUAAUGUAAAACAAAAUGUUGCAUCUUCUCAACCUGCGAAUAUUACUGUGCCAAGGCAGCAAGAAACCAUUAGGUUUACUGGAGUGCUAAACUUUGGCAAUAAUUCAAACAUUUUAGGACAUCUUCAGCAAUAUGAACAGAUCUUUCACGGACGUCAAAAUAAUACAAUAAUGAUGACGACAUCGCAACCCGCAUCAACACUUCCUGCAAAGGUUCCGAUGGAUUUGGGGACAAACUUACAGUCGCAACAGCCUCUAUUGGCGCCAUUCUUCGUCAAGAUCCCAUUGCCGAUUGCGCCGAAUCUUCUAUCAAUAGAUCCUGUCGAGAAUCUCGAACUGCCGUAUCCUUCUCCACCCGUUUCUGUCAGUGACUCAAACGAAAAUACGGAAACGCCAGUUUUGGAAAAGAAUUUACGGAAAGAGGAGGAGACGGUAUAUAGGAAUAAUGAAGACGCAGAACGAUAUACAGUGAAAGAAAAAGAUAUUUAUGAUGAGAAGGACGUGAAGAAGCCAAUGAACAAAUAUAAUCAUCAAUUACAUAUCGACGAGCUGAACAAGCAGCAAAACAACAAACCUAAUGAAUUGCAACGCAAACAACAAGAGCACAUCAAGAAUCUAAAUCAGCAGGAAGAAGAAAGAAAUCAUGAUGAAGCUGACCACUACAAGGAGGAAGAAAUAAAUGAGAGAUACAGGAAUCAUAAAGAGGAAAUCGCUGAUGUUUCCAAGAAUGAAUCAACGGAAGAGAGAAGACCAACGCAUCAUGAUGAUGAUGAGGAAGAUGAAAGCUCCAUGGAAAGACAUAAAGAGUAUGCCAGCCAGAAGAAUCUCCCGAACAAUUUCUCGAAGCAAUCCCCAAAGGAUGAGAAAGAGGAAAACGAAGACUAUCACGACGAUCAUUCUAACAAACAAUUUAAUAGAUAUAAACAACCUGAAGAUUUCGACAAGUACGUAGAAAUAGGAUAUCAGCAAUUGCCUAUUGGCGAUUAUUUCCACGAAGGUAAUCCCGAAGUGAUUCGUGACAGCUACGGCGAGAUAUUAGACAAUAAGAAAUUGAAGGAUAAUAGAAUCGGCGAUUAUGUAAAUAUGUUCAAGCAUCCAUAUGUUCAAACUAACAUGUAUGAUUCACAACGAGUUCACAACAAUCCCAAAGAUGUGUCGCGGGAAGAGACAUCUGCCGAGGAUGGUUACGACGAACAUUUGAUUCGGCUGCAGAAGCUUAGAGAAGAAUACGCCUUGCCGGAGAAUAAAUACGAAGAAUAUGACUUAAAUGAUGAAAAUGAAGCGGAUAGAAAUGAUAGAGAGAAUUUGAGAAUCCAAAAUGAUACAUCAAGAAGACCUAAAAAACCGGGACAUUUUCGUGAUAAGGAAGAUGAUGAUGAUGUGAGAUUAGAGAACGCGGGCUCGCAGGAAGAAGCCGAUUUUGGAACAUACAUACCUCUAGUCGUGCCUGUGCGUUAUAUCAAUGCGAAUGACAAGGUACAGCAAGCAACUACACGACGGCUGAACUAUAAAGAGACAGAUAAAUCAACGGACAACCGGUUCAAUGGAGAUAAUAUGAGUCCCAUGCAAAUCUUUAAAGAGCAGACUCUGUUGACUCCGCAGAUCGGUUUGCCUGAAAGACCACGACAAUUACACGAAGGCGAGCACAAAAAGCUUCAGGUAUGGCCACCGCCUUUCGAUUAUGCCUUUGACAAUACGGAACCGGCGACUACUAUCGUUCCGUCAAAUUUACCAAAUUAUUAUCCUAUCACACAAAAUUAUGCUCCAAAUUAUUAUCAACACGUUGUAAAAGAAAUCGCAGCACAAGAUGCGAAUGACAAGUCUUCAGAACAACCUUCCGGUUAUCUCGUAGUCGUUGGUAAUCCGGAAAAUCCAUAUGGACAGCCUUACAAUUUUUAUUAUUUCUCCAAUGAAGCUGCGAACACGCAAAGUCAAGUUUCUAAUCCACAUACCAAAAUUCCGCGUCCACGAGACCCAGUCUACGUUGCUCAUCAACAAAGUGCCAGUGAACAGAUCGUCAAAGUAAAACCAUUUAAUAUCACCAAAUACAAUCUGAACGAGACCACAAAUAGUCCACGUGACUAUUACUAUCAGCCUCAGGAAAUUCCAGCAAAUGUUCUCGACCGUUAUAGAUACACUUUUAAAGAACGUAGGCCACAAACUGAGGAACCAUUUAAUAUUGACAUAAAAAGUGAAAUUCUUAACACGGAAAAUUGGUCGAAUAAGAUAUACAGGCCACAAUUACCAAGUAAUACGGCCGAGCAAUCUCCUCGAUCAGUCUUUACAUUGCAGAAUAUUCCGCUUUUAAAUCGGAACGCGCAAAGUAGAUCAUCGGAAAGGCCACGUCAUUCGCGGCUGUUAAGAAAACGACGGAGUUUGCAGCCAGAAAUAGAAAAUCGCAAAAACAAUGAAGAGGCAAUAGCUCUGCAGCAGACUCUGACGAGCAAGUCAUUCGAUGAUCCUCAGAGCGCGCAUGAUUUCUUCGGUUUCAGCAAAGACGAUUAUAACUUUGGAAGCGAAAGCAAUAAUGCAAUGAAAAUUGUUGAAGAGAAUGGCAAAACUACGAAAGAAUCGAAUGCGUUCAUUGCACCGGAACCAAUCGCUUAUCAUCACGAUGACGAAAGUAUGAUAAAACAGAUCGAUGAACCGGAAAAUGACACGGAGAAAGCCAAAGUCAGAGAAUACCGGAACAAAGUGGCGACCUUGAGAGUGUCAGAGCAGAGGCAAUUAAAACCGAAUGGACCGAUCCACUACGUAGAAUUUAUACGCAAUAUUUAA